AUGACGUCCUCUGGUGGGAAGGGAAGGGAAGUCUGGUUGCCCUGUGCUCUCUCCAAGUCCUCUGCCUUGCCCCUCCUCCAGUAUUCUUCUCUCCAGAAAAAUUCACCGUUUUCUCCCCUUGCCAGCCAGACCUCCCAACCUAGACCGACCCCUGCCUUCUCGCUCCCUUUUUUCCCUGCCUUUCUUUCUUCCCUCCACUUUCUUUUUCCUCCUCAUUCUCUCUUAUUUAUUCGUUUUCCAGAAAGCGCAGGAGGAUUUAAUUUUCAAAAUGAUUACAAGGAACCAGUCCAAGGAGAACGAUGA